AUGGGAAAGAAAAAAAUAACGAAAUUUUCUUCAAAACUUAGGGUUAGCUUUGAUGAAAAUUCUAUUAAAAAUUCAAAAACUUCAAAAACUUCAACUACAAAUUCUAAAAAACCUCGACCAAAAAAUUCUUCAAUAAGCAAACAGCAGAAAAAACCUAAUAAAAUUUUCGGAAAUGAUAUUUUUGAAGUUGAACAAGACGAAACUAAAUACGAACGACGUCGUAGAAAUAUCGAUGAAAUAGAAAGCUACGAGUAUAUCGGUGUUGAUAAGAUUGAAAAAAAGGAUGAUGAGGAGAUUGAUAGUGACGAAGCUUUUAAUGAUUCUGAUGAAGAAAGGUUUGAACAUUUUAUAUUUAGAGGAUCUAUUCAGAAAGACAUAAAAAAGCGGUUGGAUGAAGAGAUCGAUUUAAACGAAACUGAUGACGACUCCAGUGAGGAGGGUGAAUCAGAUGAAGGUGAUGAAUUAGAUAAAGAGUAUCAGGAAGAUGAGAGUGGGAUAACAGGAAUAAAUGUGGAGGGCUUUGUUGGAUUUGGUGAAUCAGACAGCGAUGAAGACGAAACGGAUGAGGAAGUUAAAGCUUUGAUAGAAAAUGAGGAAGAUAAUGAUAUGCAAGAAAUUGAUGAUGAAACCAAGGCAGAUAAUCUGGCUUCUUUUAUUGGUUCAUUAGAUAAAAAAAGGAAAAGAACUCUUGAUGAUGAAAUAAAUUCUUUCGAAAAACCAAAAAAGCAAUUAAAAGAGCGAACAGAAGCUUAUGAAGAAUCAGAAUAUAAUUUAUCAACUAGAGAGUCUUCAAAUGUUAGAAAGAAGAUUGAUCUGAGUGACCUUCUUGGAUCAAUUCAAGAAGAAACUGGUUUUAGUGGAUUGAAACAAAAAUUAGCAUCACUGGAAAGUGGUGGUAAUAAAGGAACUUAUAAGGAACCUUUACCAGCUCCUUUACCUCCCCGAAUUCAAGACAGAUUGAAUAGACAAGUUGCUUACGAAAAGACUAAAAAAGAUAUUACUAAAUGGGAACCAAUUGUUAAGCAAAAUCGGGAAGCCGAACAUUUAAAAUUUCCCAUCAAUGCAUCUCUUCCACAUAAGCAAACAAAUAGUGUUUUGGUUGCCACAUUUCAACCCUCAACAGGAUUUGAAAAAGAAGUAGAUUCCGUAUUGGUGGAAAGUGGUGUAAAGGAAAAGAAUUUACAACAAUAUGAAGAACUUCAGAUGAGUAAAUUGUCGGUUGAAGAGGUUGAAAAACGAGUGAAAGAAUUGCGUAAAAUGCGUGAAUUAGCAUUUCGCGAAGAGAUCAAAGCGAGAAGGAUCGCUAAAAUUAAAAGUAAGACUUAUCGUAAAAUCAGAAAGAAGGAAAAAAACAAGUUAAGUCUUAAACAAUUGGCCGAACUUGAUCCCAAACUUGCUCGUGAAGAACAGUUAAGGCUUGAAACAACACGUGCUCAAGAACGUAUGACUUUGAAACAUAAGAAUACUAGCAAGUGGGCUAAGCAGGCUUUAAAACAUGGACAUCAUAAUUUAGAGAGUCGCCAAGCAAUUGCUGAGCAACUGCGAAGACACGAGGAAUUAAAACGAAAAAUUCAUGACCUUGGAUCUGAUGAAGAAUUAGAUGAUUUUUCAAGUGAAAAUACUGAUGUUGAAAAAGAGGAUGAUAUUGACGCUAUCAAAGCAAAAGUAUUUGACGAAUUGGCACAAUUAGAACAGAAAGAAGGUGAAAAUGAAGAAGAAAUGAAAGGAUUAUUUGGAAUGAAAUUUAUGCGAAUUGCUACAGAAAGAGAAAAACAUCGCACCCAAGGAAUGAUCGAUGAUUUCAUCGAGGAUUUGGAAAAUGAAGAAAAUGAAGAAAAUGCAACAAAAGAUGAAACUAAAAAAGAAGCGAAAGAGAGUUCAAUAACUCACGUUGGAAACAAUCCUGGUAGAAUGAUAUUUGGAGGGGACAUUGAGAAAUCAACUUCCGAACACAAAGUUGAUAUUAAAAAGUUGUCGAAAUCUAUUUUUGACCCGAAAUCUUCGCUCUCAGAGGAAUCGAAAGAUGAUAGUAGACAGACUGAACCUAUUAAUGAUUAUUCUGUGGAAACUAAUUCCGAAGAAGAGAAUCCGUGGCUCCAAACAGAUUCUUCCAGAAUAGUAUCUUCCAGUAAAAAGAAUAAUAAAGGCAUUAUAAAAGAAAACAAUAGAUCUGAUAAGAUAGUAUCAAAAUUGAAAAAAUUGAAACAAGGAGACCAAUCACAAGAUAGUAUUGAAAUUGAUGCAGACAAAGUACUUACAAUCGGUUCUGUACAAAUGACCGAGAAUAAAAAUAAUAAAAUAGAGGAUUCAUCAAUUUCACGAAAUGAUAAUACUUCAAACGCAAAAUCGAAGUUUAAAUCUGCGGAAGAAAAUUCUGACGAUACAUUAGACGUUGAAGCAAAUUUUGUACAUACUAAAGAUUCUAUAGCAUUUUCACAAAGAGAAUUAGUUGCUCGUGCAUUUGCAAAUGAUAAUGUUGUAGAAGAAUUUGAAGCGGAAAAACAAGCAAUUAUAGAGGAUGAUGAGCCAAAAGAACAAGACUUGACGUUACCAGGAUGGGGUUCAUGGGGUGGCAAAGGAGUGAAGAAGCCAAAAAAGAAGAAACUUGUUUUAGCCAAGCCACUACCCGGAGGUAUUGAAGCUUCCAAAAGAAAAGACGUGAAAUUGCAACACGUGAUUAUUAAUGAGAAAAGGAUUAAGAAGGCCAAGAAAUAUCUUUCUACGAAUAUCCCGCAUCCUUUUGAAACCCGUGAACAAUAUGAACGAAGUCUUCGUACUCCUCUUGGCAAAGAAUGGAAUACUCAAGAAGUUUUCCAGAAAAUAGUAACACCACGAAUUAUAACUAAAAUGGGAACUGUUAUCGAUCCAUUGAAUGUACCCUUUCCUACUAGUGAUCUUGAUGAAUAA